AUGGAUAAAAUACGUAUCAUUAGUAUAACUGCAGUAACUGGUAUUGUAGCAGUAGGCUUGUAUUUCGCUUUUCGCAGAUCUUUUGGCGAAACUAAUGAACCUUUAGACGAUGAUAUUCCCCUAGUAAGUUCUCUACCUGGAACUGAGACUUCCUCAGAAAACAGUUUGAAAAACCAAAGGCUGAUGGCAGUUAAUACAGUAAUAAAAGAGUUUGCUAAAUGGAAAAUUACCACUUUCGAUAUUAAGACCUAUUCUUCGACAGUCUCUCUAGCUACUGAUCCUAAAACAACUGACCUUCAAGUGAUCCACAGUGUUUGUACCGAGGGUAAACCGUGUAAUCUGGAAGAUGGUUUACUCUACACUUUAAAUGAAGCAGCUGUUGAUCUAUUGGCGUAUUAUGUCCGUCAUAAUGAAAAGAAACAUUUGGAUACUGCUGAAAGACUAGUCAAGAUAAUUUUUGGAAAUAAGUUAAAGGACUAUGAUCCGACGAGAACAAAACUUUUUAAUCUCCCUACAUUGAUUAAUAAUAUUGCAAUUCUGCCAAUUUUGUUUGAAUACAUUGCUGAUAGUACCUACGAUAAUACACGGAACAUGUGUCAUGAAUUUAUAUCUAAAGUACUUCCAAAUUUCCAUGCCUUCGAUAAAACUACAUUUAAUUCAGAGAUUUUGAUGUUUAAUUCAAUACGUAUGUUAUCAAAUAACUUAUUUAAUACCUGGAAUUUCAAUGAAGAUUCAGCUGAUAAAAACAUACAGAUUUUGAUUGACAGCGCUGUACAAUCAGGGUUGAAGUCAUACAGAAUAAUUGAUUACGAUUCUACGUUACGGGGUAGACUAUAUAAAGCUUUGAUGACCGGUAAUCAUUGA